AUGCCACCACAAUUGACCAGAGUCAAUGUAAGUUCUCUCCCAGCAGACCAACGCACCUGUGCGAUCUGUCAGGACGAUCUCGAUGGUGGAGAGAACGGAGAACCUGUUAAAACUGCGUGCAAUCACAUUUUUGAUCGAGACUGCGUUCAACGUUGGCUUGACGACGACCACACUACCUGCCCCAUUUGUCGCGAGGAAAUUCGUAACAUUACUGGUGGGGUAAGAGAAGCGGCAAGAGAUAGGAUUAGACAGAUCAAUAACGCCGCGAGACGUGUUAGAGAUAGAGCAGUUGAGGAAGGAGAACAGAUGAUGCAAGCUCAGGCAGAUUACGGAGGUGGAAAUGAGAAUGAUCAUCUUGAGGGAAAUGUUGGGGAAGAACUUGAACCCAUGCCACUUGAUGUACCUGGGAAUUUUAGUACUCCUACUCCUCCCCGCCACCAUUCUCCGGUCGGGAGGCCAGUGCCGAGAAGACAGUCUUCUCCUCCAAGAAGAUUCCCAUCACCACCUCCCCAUAGAUAUCAUUCCCCGCCAAGAAAUCAUCCCCACUCACCCCCUCCCCCAGUUUUCAGUUCUGCAUCAGGUACCUUUGCAGUGAUGCAACAUUCCGAAGCAACUUACAUCAACGCCCUCGACACCCUUCGAUCCCUCGACACCAAAAUAAUCAACCAAGCCCGCCUAUCCUACGAAGCCAACGUGGUCAAACACGACGCAGAACAGAACGUUCAACUCGCGUUUCAGGAACUCCAACGCGCAGUCCGAUCGGGCGAUCAGGAAACUAUCAAUCUUGCGCUUGCCAUGCAGGAAAGCGUCACGAUGUUGUUGGAUGAUGCGCAUAAUGCGAUGGCGCAGUAUAGUACGCCGUUGAGGGAGUGGAUGGAGGAGAGACCGAGGGCGAGUGAGAGGUUGGAUAGGGCGAGAUUGGUGUUUGCGAGGGAGAGAGAGGGGUUUAUGAGAGGGGUGAGAGGCGAGGGAGUAGAGAGGGGGGGGGGGAGAGGAAUUCGAGCUUGA